GCGUGCGCGUCGUUUGCGAAUUUCUGUGAAUCGUUUGUGGAAGCCUAGCAUCGUUAAAGCAGUAUGACUGGACGCGGAAAGGGAGGCAAAGGAUUGGGAAAGGGGGGAGCCAAGCGUCACCGGAAGGUGUUGCGUGAUAACAUCCAGGGCAUCACCAAACCCGCCAUCCGUCGUCUGGCUCGCCGCGGAGGAGUGAAGCGUAUUUCCGGCCUGAUCUACGAAGAAACCCGCGGUGUCCUGAAGGUGUUCCUCGAGAACGUGAUCCGUGAUGCUGUCACCUACACGGAGCACGCCAAGCGCAAGACCGUCACGGCCAUGGAUGUGGUGUACGCCCUGAAACGCCAGGGCCGCACUCUCUACGGUUUCGGCGGUUAAGCUGGACAAGGACUGGACAAAUGGACUACGGCUUGCCCUCGCGAUAGAAAAAAAACGGCCCUUUUCAGGGCCAACGAAUCCUUCUUCGAGAAGAAUCGCUUCAGAGUUCUCACAAAAUACAUUGUCUAUAGCUUUA